UCCACAUGGUUCUCUACUCUGUCGCCCAUAUCUCGACGACCAAUCGCGCUAGGCUCCCGCUCACAGUCACGGCCAGCAUCGACAAAUCUAGACCAUGCCUCGCCUCGCUUGCGACCAGCUCUGUGCUCACGCUCCUUCGAUCACGCGCCUGCUGGCUUCGUCGCUGCGCAAGUGCGGCGCGCAAACCCAUCGUACUGCAUAGUCGCUGCGUGGCACAGCUAUGCGAACAUGCCCUCAGUCCCUGGCUAGCAGACGAGGUCCUGGGCCUCUGAGCUGAGCAGGCUCCUCGGGUGGUUUGAUUUGCAUUCCUUGACUUCAUCCCAAGGUCCCCGUCACCCAGGCGGAGCCGGGCAGAUGGAGGCUGAAGCUGUCUAUAACAGGCAAGAGGAUGGUGGAAAGUUGGUAGCCGGGCGACGGCGGCAUUUCUAUGCCUGUGGAGUGACGAUAACGGCAGUUGUAUAAUUUCGACAGCCCGGACACUUCUGGCAACAUACAAAUAAGGCGCCGUACCUCUCCCCUCGUGGUCGCGCAACGCUACUACCUGUGUCACUGUCUCUCACUUAGGAUGGACAAUAUUCGUUUCUACAAUGGCCCAGAGCGUGGGCUUCCUGCACGCCUGCAGCCGAUCUCCUUGCCUCAGAAUCAGGAAGAACUUUUCGUCUCUCUGCAGACUGCGGACCUUCCACCUCUCGGCCCUUUCGAAACGCCUAACCCCUCGCGCGAGGCCGCGCAGCACGCUUGUGUGUCUCCAGAAGCGUUGUCGCUUGUGCGCACACCUUCAGCUGCGGAGACCACAGGUGCACUCUCACAGCCUGCGCCUGUGCACUACGAAGAGACUGCCAGCACCUCAAGCGUCGCGCACCCUUUGGGCCGAGUGCGAGCUGCAAGGCCGUCGUUGAGCUCUUGGCAGGACCGCCGACGUCGUCCACGUGUACGGAAGCAAUCACAGACCGAUACAACAGUCUCAUCUGCUAGGCUCCAGCAACUCACUCAUUCCCUGCAGUGCGCUCUAAACUGUCCCAAAGUACCGUUCUGGGAGGUGGAUCGAAUCGUCGACCGCCAUAUGUGGGAUGGGAAGACUUUCUACAAAGUCCGCUGGGAAGAUACCUGGGAACCUGCCGAAAACUUGGAGGUAACUGCUGCUGAUGCCGUUACUAAGUGGGAACAGGACAACAUGCCUCUGUAAAUAACUAGUCUAUCCGCUCGAUCAUAGUCAUUCAUUCAGUUCACC